AGCGUUUGGUGCAAAGGCUGUAACUCUCAGAAGAGGUGACAUGAGAAUUAGCUGUUGAAGUCGUCAUGUGAGCUGAGAAGACACAUUAAUAGGAAGUCGGGGGCGCAGGAGGAAAGGAGAAGCAAUGUCACAAGAUGGAAAGGCUUCUUACUGUGACGCACUGACUUGGCAGAUGUUGCCCCGAUUGACGUAGGACCCAAGUCACUUGGGCCAAGGAUGAGCAAGCCGACAGACCUGCAGCACGACCUGGAACGAAGCCUCCCAGCCAUAGCGUCCAUCAGCACCUCAUUCUCCCAGAGCCAGGGCUUCUCCCCGUAUUGCUACUUCUCUCCGGAGAAGAGGAAAGCCAUCUCGGAUGUGAGGAGGACCUUCUGCCUCUUCGUCACCUUCGACCUGCUCUUCAUCUCUUUGUUGUGGAUAAUCGAAUUGAAUACCAAGGAUGGCAUUCAGAAGAACUUGGAGAAUGAAAUCAUCGAGUACAAUUUUAAGACCUCUUUCUUUGAUAUAUUUGUCUUGGCUUUCUUUCGGUUUUUUGUGUUGCUGCUGGCCUAUGCAAUCGUAAAGCUGCGCCACUGGUGGGUCAUAGCGGUCACUACAUUGGUAUCCAGUGCCUUCCUGAUUGUGAAGGUCAUCCUCUCCGAGCUUCUGACCAAAGGGGCGUUCGGCUAUUUACUUCCUAUCGUCUCGUUUGUCAUUGCUUGGCUAGAGACUUGGUUCCUGGAUUUUAAAGUCCUAACUCAGGAAGCAGAAGAGGAACGAUGGUACCUGGCAGCCCAGGCUGCAGCCUCUCGCGGCCCCCUGCUCUACCCUGGAGCCCUUUCCGAGGGGCAGUUCUACUCCCCGCCAGAGUCCUUCGCAGGGUCGGACAACGAGUCGGACGAGGAAGGUGCAGGGAGGAAGGCAUUGACAGCUCAGGAGAAAGAGUAUGUCCGACAAGGCAAAGAUGCAAUGGAGGUUGUGGACCAAAUCCUCGCCCAGGAGGAGAACUGGAAGUUCGAGAAAAACAAUGACUUUGGUGACGUUGUUUACACUUUUGAAAUACCUUUCCAUGGCAAGACCUUUAUUUUAAAGGCUUUCCUGCAGUGCUCUGCUGAAACAGUUUACCAGGAGGUUAUUCUCCAGCCCGAGAAGAUGAUCCUGUGGAACAGAACAGUGGCAGCUUGCCAGAUCUUGCAGCGGGUUGAAGACAACACGAUCGUCUCGUACGACGUGGCAGCUGGGGCUGCAGGCGGUGUUGUUUCCCCAAGGGAUUUUGUGAACGUGCGCCGGAUCGAGAGAAGAAGAGACAGGUACAUUUCCUCAGGGAUGUCGACCACGCACAGCCUGAAGCCUCCGCUCUCCAAGUAUGUCAGGGGUGAGAAUGGGCCCGGAGGAUUCAUCGUACUGAAAUGUCCCAGCAACCCCAGGGUCUGCACGUUCAUCUGGAUUCUCAACACGGACCUGAAGGGUCGCCUGCCCCGUUACCUGAUCCACCAGAGCCUGGCCGCCACCAUGUUUGAGUUCGCCUUCCACCUCCGCCAGCGGGUCAGCGAGCUUUCCGGCAAGCCGUGAGCAGCGGGGACCUGCCCUCGCCAGACAUUCCUCUGCCCUCUCUCCUCUGCAGCCGGGGGACAGCCGGGAGAGGACCCUGCGGCCCCCAGGCCCUCACCGUGACCCCCCCAGGGAGGAUGCCCCAUACUAACAGCGCUGAGAUGAGGCCGGGGCUUGCUCAGCUCCUUCUGCCACCACGGUUCCCCUUAACCAGGGCCCUGAAACCACUGACUUUUGUGUGCCAAACCCCUGCCCUGCCCUCCUCUGGGUCCGAGCUCCCCCCGUCCCCUCACGCAGGGGUCGGGGGCUCAUCUGUGACCCCCAGACUCCUGUACUUCUGCCCCAGUUCGAUGAGAAAGUGGGGCCAGAGGAGAAGGCCACGUUACGGUGAGGACACGGGUCGGUCCCCUCACCGUCUGUCCGGCCGAAGCCCCGUGCCGGGCUCUGCCCCUCUGCAUGUGGGGGCAAAGGCGCAGCUUGUGCCCAGCUCACGGCCCUUGUCCCCCCCCGGGGGCUGUGCCCCCCACCUGGCUAUCUGCAGGAGGGGAUGGGGGGUCCGUGCAGGGGACCCCUCCGGGGCUGUUCCCUGGUGCUUCGGGCUCCCCAAGUUUCCCCCUGGGGCUUGGCUGAGCUCAUCCCCCCCCCGCCUGCAGCUCCGGGUGGAGGCAGAAUGUGAUUUGCCUUAAGCGGAGACUUUUAUCCUUUUUGGGGGAUGCGG